CACCACCGCCUCCGCUCAACAUGUCGCUGCCGCCCGGCUCCUCGAUGGCACUGCACUCGGUAACGCACCAGCCGUCCCUGUACCUGAACCCGACCAGCCUGAUGAGCCUGCGGGACAUGAUGCUGCAAAGCCCGGCCGGCCUGAGCCUGCUGAACGCGGAGGCCGGCGGACCGCUCGGGCUGCUCAAGCGCAGCAUGCUAGAAUCCAUGCCCUCCAGCUCCUCGCCCUCACCCUUCCCGCUCGGCAGCAUCUCCUCCAGCCCGAGCACGACGGCCACCUCCACGUACAGCCUGCCAUCGAUAAUUCCAACGACCGUUGCAUCAUUAUCACAGCAGCAGCAGCAGCAGCAGCAACACAACCUCAACCACCAUCACCAUCACCACCAGAUCAAAAAGGAACGUGACGAAUCCGACAUCGAGAUGGAUGGGGACCGGGAGGAGUUGGACGAAACACCGGCCAAACAUCGGCGCGCACAGUCGCCCACGUUGCCCGCCGGCCUGCACCGGCCCCAGCUUUCCCUGUCACCGUUUCGCUCAUCGCCGCCAUCUUCCUACUAUCGCACGCAGCAGCAGCAGCAGCCAUCGUCGGCCAUCGAUCAGGCCGGCUUACCGCAUCGAUCAGCGGCGGCAACCGUCUCCCAUCAGCCACAUCUCUAUCAUCACGCUGCCAGCAGCUCGGCGACAUCUGCGACGGUAGCCGUCGCCGCCGCCGUCCCGUCACAUCAAAGGCAUCCGCAUCAAAGGGAUUCCGCUGAGCGUGAGCUGCAUUUAAAUGCGAGCAUGAUGCGAGCGGCGAAAAACGAUCGCGACCCGCAGCCGCCACCACCACCGAACCACGGGGAUCAUCCGUCACAGCUUCCACCGCACCUGCUGCCGCCGCCCGGGUUUGCGAACCGAGCAGCCGAGCUGGAAUUGCUUCGUGACGGGGGGCUGGGUCGGACCGGGCCGCCCGAUUCCGAUGGUGAGCGUGAGGAGGGCAACAGAAGGAAACAGGAGCGAGCUGCUGGGGGCCACGCGGGGUCCAAGCGGGCAAAGGCGGGCAGUGGAGAUGAGUUUGAGCUGCAUCGUGAGCUGCGCUUCGGUGCAAUGGCGUCCAAAGUGGUGGAGCAUGACGCGACGAAUCAUGUGCAAUCGCGAAGGAAGGAUCCGGCAACGCGCAGCAAGUCAUCCUCGCCCGAUCUAAGCAUAAAAACACCAAAAUCACCAUCUCCGCCCCGUUCGCAUGACGACAUUGACAGCGACCGUGACGAUGGCAGCGACCGCGAGCACCUCAGCAGCCCUAUUCCAAACGAGCGUCCGGAACGAACCACGCCACUCAAUCUAAUCACAGAUUCAUCGCGACGGACACCCUCACCACCCGCGUCCAGUGCCGUGCCGGGCGGUGGGCUGGGAGUCGCCCUGGCUGCCCUACAGAACCAUCUGCCCCUCAGCUCACUGUUCCUGCAGAACCAGCUCGGGCUCGGUGGACUGGCCGGUCUGUCCGGACAAGACAUCGGCAUGCUGCAGCAAGCCCUGCAAGCCCAGCAAGCAUCCCUCCAGCAGCAGCUCCAGCAGUACAUGCUGCUGCAGGUACAGGGAGGAGCAGCGAGUGCGAACGGGAAUGCUGCCGCCGCGGCCACGGCUCAAGCGCAGGCCGCCGCUCAGUUUCUCAUGCAGAAUCAGCUAAAUCUAAGCUUUUCCCCAACGCCCGGCACGGAUUGUGCCACCAAGCAGCCCACCAGCAAUGGGAGUGCCGCCGUCAUCGUCAGCGAGGGACAGACCGUGUCUCGAACUUCGAUGCAGGUCCAGCAGGCCGUUGCCCAGCUGCAGGCCCUCCAGAAGCAGCAGCAGCUGAAACCGACCAGCUCCACGCCAACACCGGGCGCGACCGCCACCAGCUCUCCACUGCACAGUCCCUCCGGCAGCCCGGGGCUCCAUCACCACUCCACCCAGACGGGCGCCAUGCUCGGUGCAAGCCAAACGACACCGCCGAACGUAAGCCAGCUAAACGUGGGCGGCAUACUAACCCCCUCCACACCCGGCUCGGGUGCUCACACACCCCAACUCCAGAAGCAUUCCGCCGCGCCACGUGCCCUCGAACCGUCGCCCGAAGAAACGACCGACCUGGAGGAGCUGGAACAGUUCGCCAAAACGUUCAAGCAGCGCCGGAUAAAGCUCGGCUUCACGCAGGGCGAUGUGGGGCUGGCGAUGGGCAAGCUGUACGGAAAUGACUUCUCGCAAACCACCAUCUCCCGGUUCGAGGCCCUCAACCUGAGCUUCAAGAACAUGUGCAAGCUAAAGCCGCUGCUGCAGAAGUGGCUCGAGGACGCGGACAGCAGCAUCUCCAACCCGGGCGGACGCAUCUUCAGCCCCGCCGCCCUCUCCAACACGAUGGCCACGCCGGAAACGAUGGGCCGGCGGCGCAAGAAGCGCACCUCGAUCGAAACGUCCGUCCGCGUGGCGCUGGAGAAAGCGUUCCUCGUCAACUGCAAACCGACGAGCGAAGAGAUUUCCACCCUCGCCGACAACCUGUGCAUGGAGAAGGAAGUGGUGCGCGUGUGGUUCUGCAACCGGCGGCAGAAGGAGAAGCGAAUAAACCCACCGAACGGUAUGGACAGCCCGACGCACUCGUCCGCCAGCGGAGAGCUAUUCCCGGCCGGCCUCGUGCCCGGACUGUCCUCACCUUCGUCUGCCACAUCCGGUGGUGGUGGUGGUGGUGGUGGUGGAGGACACCACUAUGCACCGCACCUAUCGCUCCAUCAUCACAGCGGGAGCAUCAAGCAGGAAUGACCGGUGUUGGUGGUCGAGCGAGCGCUUGGUUGGCCAUCCCCACCGUCCCCGCUGGAACGAGCGCCGCAGAGCUACCUGCACUGAAGCAAGGACCAGGAUUUCGGCUGCUACUGUGGGGGGAGGGGGGAGGCGACAUAUCAACAGUAUCCCAACACAGAAGGUGUAAUAAAGAAGAGGGAGAGAGAGAGAGAGAGAGAAAAGUAGAAGCAAAGAAGGGUAGUAAGUAUAUAUAUACGAUAUUUGCAGGAUUAUGUGUAGUAUCUGUUUAGCUGGUAAGAUGCUCUUAGCGCUAAUAUAGUCACAGUUUGAGGUAGUAAUAGUAGUAGUAAUAGUAGCUCCUGACGUAGGUGAUAAGAGUGUGAGAUGCGAAUAGGGAACUCGAGCUGUGUGUGUGUGUGUGUGUGUGUAAGUGUGUGUGUAGCUCUGCUCAACAGGGGAGCUCUCAAGUACUACGGUAUACCAGGGUUAGUGUACUACUGGUGAAGUGUACUCAAUGCUUUGCGAAUACGGAUGUGAGACAUUCCAUUCCAUCCGUUUCGACGACCAUUGCUGUUCUUUUCUCCUAGAUCAAAUACGUCAUGUACAUAAAGGAUCGUAUCAACCAGACAAGAAGCCAAGAACUCGUAACGAAUUUUCAAAAAAAAAAAAAA